UUGAUGGCAUGGCACGUUCUGUAAGAAUCUUACGUCAGUUUUGUCGAUCAUCGUUCAUCAUCCUUCCGGAGACUUGAAUAUUCAGAAGUCAGAACCAAAAGAAAACACACAGAGAUGGUGAGUUUCAUUAGCGCAUGGUGUUUAGUGAUCGUCUCGUUGUGUUACACUUAUGUCGUUGCACGUUUGGUUCCAAAAGGGAUCAGAAGGAUGAUACUAUUCAUACCUGUCUUCCUCUAUUUCUUCAUAGUUCCUUUAUCAUUGUCCACCAUACAUUCAGUAGGCAUCACCGCUUUCUUCAUCUCCUGGCUCGCUAAUUUCAAGAUCUUUCUCUUUGCUUUUGGACGAGGUCCUCUUGCUUCAGACAGCAAACCCUUAGCUCUCCCUAUUUUCUUAGCCGUCUCUUGCUUGCCUAUCAAGAUUCAUCUGAACCCUAAACCUACCACAUCUUCUUACUCCCAUGGAGGAUCAUCUAGAGAGGGUCUCUUAUACUAUAGCAUAAGGGCAGGUCUUCUUCUUCUUCUGACAAAAGUCUACACGUAUAGCAGCAAACUCCCGAACAAAGCGGUUUUGGCUCUCUACGCAAUUCAUAUCUAUCUCUCCCUCGAGAUCAUCCUCUCUGCCACAGCCACCAUGGUUCGAGCCAUGUCAAGUCUUGAGCUAGAGACACAGUUCAACAAGCCCUACCUGGCUACAUCACUUCAAGAGUUUUGGGGCAGACGAUGGAACCUGGCUGUCAGCGGAAUCCUAAGGCCUACUGUCUACGAACCGAUGGUUCAGCUGUUCUCUAUCUUGGGCCCGAACUGGUCGCAGGCUACUGCUGUUUUUGCCACGUUUGUUGUCUCGGGGCUGAUGCACGAGCUCUUAUUCUUCUACAUGGGAGGGUUGAUGCCGGACUGGAAGGUAAUGUGGUUCUUUCUUAUACACGGGUUCUGCACAACUGUGGAGAUAGCCAUGAAGAAGAAAGUCAACGGAAGAUGGAGACUCCCAACAGUAGUGAGUCGUGUUUUAAUUUUCGGGUUUGUCAUGGUGACUGGUUUGUGGCUGUUCUUGCCCGUGUUUAAGCGUGGAAACAUGUUUGAGAGGAUUCUUGAAGAGUAUGCAUAUGCAGGCGCGGUUGCAGCCGAGAUCAAGAGCAUCAUCACUUCUCUAAUUUAA